AUACCAACAAAGCAUUAAAAAUAACUCAGUGUGAGAAAAUUUAGGCAUGCCAACUUAGAUAUGGAUUUAGGCCGUGAUUUAGGUUGAAUCGGAGGGAAAAUAGUUAGCUUCAGAAUUUUGACUUCAGUCUUAUAAAUUCAAUUUCAUAAGGAACAGUUUCUUACAAACAAUUUCUUACUAAACCUUAAAAAUUUUUAAAUUCCACGCCUUAUUUAAAAUAGUCCACUAUGUGAAAACGAAAUGGCAAUGAAAGAGCUGUGUUUAUUUAUUAAUAUUGAAAUGUGGGGCGCCGACGAUUUGAGUUUAAAGCAUUGCAUUUAGAUACGUAUUAGUUUUAAAUUUUAUUUACGUGGGCCAUAUUAUUUAUUGUCAGAUCAUGAAAUGGAAAAUUUUCUGGACCUAGAAGACACUUUUUGUUGAACUGCAACAUACAAAGCAUAUAGAGAACUUAGACUAUUUGUGUGAAGCAAAACAGUUUCUAUAAAAACUGGAACCAUGAGUGGUUCCUUUGAUUGGAGAUUAUAUUUGAAGAAGCCUAACUUUUCAGCUGCACCAGUCUCGUGCUUUAAUCAUGUUGCUCUCUCAAGUUGUUGGCAUAAGAUUACUCUUGGCGUUUUUGUUGAAAUGAGGAGUCCUGAUUGUAAAACUUGCUGUACGGCAGACCCUUGUCGUUACUGGAUUGCUUCUGUGAUAAAUGUUGCUGGAUACAUGGGACUACUGCGAUUUGAAGGCUUUGAUGACGGAAGUGAAGACAGAUGGAUCAACUUAUGUACAGAACCUCAUAUUCAUCCUAUAGGAUGGUGUAUAGAUAAUGAGAAACAUUUAGUUCCCCCAAAAAGCAUUGAAGGAAAGUUUGACUGCUGGAAAAAAUAUUUAGUGAAGAAAAUAUCUGGAGCUCAAACCAUCCCACCUGUGCUUGCUUUCAAGGCAGCAGAACAUACUCAUAAUACCAUUAAGAAAGGAAUGAAACUUGAAGUUGUUGAUAAAAACUUGAUUUCUGUUGUACGUUCUGCUGUAGUGAGUGAUGUUGUUGGUGGGAGAUUACAUGUGAAAUAUGUGGAAUCAGAAUAUGAAGAUGAAGGUUUCUGGUGUCAUGAACGUUCUCCCUUGAUUCAUCCUGUAGGUUGGGCUCAGAUUAUCGGUCAUGCCUUGAAGAGUCGUCCAGAAUAUGCUCGGCAGUCAUUGAAGAAAACUCUGUAUCGGACAUUUGAAUCAAAUGAUGCUACUUGGGAUAUGUUUCUACCUGUGUAUAAUCCAGUACGGAAUUCUAAGUUCAAAGAAGGUAUGAAGUUGGAAGCUAUAGAUCCUUUAAAUCUAUCUACAAUCUGUGUGGCCACUGUUACAGAAGUUCUAAGAAAUAACUACCUUAUGAUAGGUAUUGAUGGUAUGAUGGCUGCAAAUGGUUCAGAUUGGUUUUGCUAUCAUGCUUCAUCCCCCUGCAUAUUUCCUGUGGGUUUCUGUGAGAGCAAUGGAAUAGAACUUACUCCUCCUAGAGGUGAGACUCUAAAACUCAUAUAGUUUACUGAAAAAUUA